AUGAAUUAAUUAAAGUUAGAAAAUUUCAAGGAAAAUUCACUUAUAUUUUAAGAGAAGGAUCCUUCAAACUCUAAAAUUUAUCUUAUUCUUUCUGGUUCUGUCUACUUAUUAAGAAAUAAACCCUUACAACAAUUUUGUUUUAAUUCAACAAAGUAAUAAUAACUCUAAUUAAAGUUCAAACUAUUAUAAUAAAUAUGGUUAUAUAGUACGAGAAUUGAAAUGUGGAGAUGGUUUUGGAGAUAAAAGUUUCUUAACUAAUUAACCAAGAUCGUUAUCUGCAAUAGCAAUAGAAAAACUGAAUUUAUUAAUAUUUGAUAAUACGUUUUUAAAAGGAUUUGAAUCUGCAAUCAAUUCAGCUUAAACAAAAGUUAAAACAUUGAUCUUUAACUUUUUCCCAUCAGUAAUUAUAUAUGAAAGUUUAGAUUAAAUUGAAUUAUUCAAAUGCCAGACUUGAAUCUAUCUUUUAUAGCUUUUAGGUAAAAUUAAUAUUAACAUUUUUUAUAGACCAUAUUUUUAAAUCGUGAUGAAUUUCUUUUUGAAGAAGGUAAAAAAGGAAAUGAAAUCUAUAUAAUGAAAAAAGGAAAUUGCAUUAUUCUUAAAAAAUUUCAAAAUGAAAAUAUUUCUAUCGCAAUUUAAGAUAAUCAUUGCUUAUUAGGAGAAGAAAUAUUUUUUAAUGAUAAAUAUGAUUAUACAAUCAAAAUUUAAUCAAUUUAGGCUAGCUUUUUAAAAAUAAAGGUUUAAGAUUUUGUAACUUUUUUUCCUGAAGAAUGUAAAAAAAUUUUAAAAUAGAAUUAUGAUACUCAUAAAAAUGAUAGAUUUUGUUUAUAUUAAUUAGCAGUUGAAAGAUAUCAAAAACAAAUAGAGCUUUAAAGAUAAAAAUUGGAGUAAGUACUUUAAUUAUGAUAUUUUAGAUCCAAAUAAUCAUAAAAAUUACAAAAAUAAUUAAAUUUAUAAAGUUAUUCAUAAAGUGAGACAGAAUUAUAUAUGAGAUUUGAUAAAGAUGUUUCAAAUUUUAGAAAUUUCAUAUCUGUUAGAACUAGUUCUCUAUAUUUUAAUUCAACAAGAGGUUUUUAGGCUUAAAAAUUUAAUAAUUAUUCUCCUUCAUUUAUAAUAGAUUAAUAAUAAAAGUUAUUAAAAGAGCCAAUGAAUCCAAUUAAUAGUCCAUUAGAUUUUGGGAAAGGAGAAGCUGAAGAGAUGAGAAAAAGAACUUAAGUUUAGUUAUGUGUUAUGAGUAUGGAGAAAAUUAAUUAUUUGAAUUAAUUUAAAUCAUGUAAGAUCCAAUAAUUAAGAAAUAAAUUCUUUAAAACUUUUAAAAAAUAAUAAAGAAAAUCAAUUUCAUAAAUGUCAAUAAGUAGAGCAUUGACUCCAAAAAAUAGAUUAAGUUGUUUCUCUCCAGAAGGAUCAAUGAUUAGUUUAUGUAAUAUUUGA